GAAGUUCGUAGCAAAAUUUGGAAAGCGAGUGACUGAGGAAGUUGCCCUCGGUACAUACGUUGGCGUAUGAUACACAAUGACAUGACAUUUAAUCGAUUUCUAUGAUUGAAUUUGAUAUUCGUACCCAAUUGCAAUUUCUCGUCCAUAAUUGCUAAGAGAUGUGAUGAAGACGUUUGUGAUCGAGAGAUGCCGUCUUCGACAUCGAGCAGGGAGGUCAGCUCGCUCUCUUAUUUCAACUCGAUUCAUAGCGGCUCCAAGCGAAAGCACCGGACAAGGGAAUGCUGUUUUGAUGCGGACAAUGGGCGUCAGCCACCUUCCAUAAGCAUCCAAGCGAUCAGACUGGCAUGCGCAAGAAAGUUGCGGUCCUCUCGAUUUGUACUGCAUGAUUUGGUUGGUUGUACUACUGGUACUUGCAUCAUCAUGACACCAUAACACUGUAUAUGUUUCUCCUUGUCUCUCGAUCGAGAUGAUGAAACCUUCGAUUUUGAGGUUUUCUUCCGCGUGGGUCGAAUCUCGUCGUUGAAUGGAGGAACGGAGAAGGAACAAGAAGGGAAUGCCUGCGACUGGCCGAUUCGAGAUCGCGCAAAUGGGGGAGCUUGAAGAGCUGCAAGAGAUCGAGAAAGUUGAGGACCUGGAGGAGGCAAUGGAGGCGCCGGUCCUCGGGCCCAACGGGACGAUUCCUCCAUGGUCGAAGCAAAUAACCGUCCGCGGGAUCGCCGCCAGCCUCGCGAUCGGGAUCAUCUACAGCUUCGUGGUGAUGAAGCUCAAUCUCACUACCGGCCUCGUCCCCACUCUCAACGUCUCCGCCGCCCUCCUCGCCUUCGUUGUCCUAAAGUCUUGGACCAAACUGCUCCACAAGAUUGGCGUCGCGACGACCCCCUUCACGCGGCAGGAGAACACCGUGGUGCAGACCUGCGCCGUGGCUUGCUAUAGCAUUGCAGUUGGAGGUGGAUUUGGAUCUUAUCUUUUGGGGCUGAACAGGAAGACCUACGAGCAAGCAGGGGUGGAUACACCAGGGAAUUCUCCAGGAAACUAUAAAGAACCUGGGAUUGGCUGGAUGACUGCAUUUCUUUUUACUGUUAGUUUUGUUGGACUCUUGGCCUUGGUUCCUCUAAGGAAGAUCAUGAUCAUUGAUUAUAAGUUGGCAUAUCCAAGCGGGACGGCAACUGCUGUGCUUAUCAAUGGUUUCCAUACUCCUCGAGGAGACAAAUUGGCUAAGAAGCAGGUCUAUGGAUUUGCGAAGUAUUUCACAGUGAGUUUCCUGUGGAGCUUUUUCCAGUGGUUCUUCACAGGUGGAGUUGCCUGUGGAUUCUCACAAUUUCCGACCUUCGGUCUAAAAGCAUGGGAACAGACGUUUUUCUUUGAUUUUAGCCUGACAUAUGUUGGAGCUGGCAUGAUUUGCUCGCACAUCGUAAAUCUCUCACUCCUUCUUGGAGCAGUUAUGUCCUGGGGAAUAAUGUGGCCACUAUUAAGCAGACUUAAAGGUGAUUGGUAUUCCGAUAGCUUGCCGGCGAGUAGCAUGAGAAGCUUACAAGGAUACAAGGUGUUCAUAUCGAUUGCACUGAUCCUUGGAGAUGGUCUCUAUAAUUUCUUAAAAGUUUUAGCUUUCACUGUGAGAAGCAUGCAUUCUAGAGCAGUAUGCAACAAUCCUAACAAAGUGGCAGACUUAGACCGUGACAAUAAAAUCCUUGAUGAUAAGCUGCACAAUGAGUUAUUCGUAAAAGAACACAUACCGGUGUGGCUGGUCUACUCUGGAUAUGUCCUUUUCGCUGUGAUUUCCAUUAUCUCGAUACCUCUCAUGUUCCCAGAGUUGAAAUGGUACUAUGUGGUCGUAGCUUACAUUCUUGCACCAGCUCUUGGUUUCUGUAACGCUUACGGCACUGGCCUGACGGACAUGAACAUGGCCUACAACUAUGGCAAAGUGUCGCUCUUCAUACUCGCUGCAUGUGCUGGGAAGGAGUCCGGUGUAGUUGCCGGCCUUAUUGGCUGUGGGCUAAUAAAGUCGGUCGUGUACAUUUGUGCUGAUCUGAUGCAUGAUUUCAAGACUGGGCAUCUCACACUGACAUCCCCGAGAUCAAUGCUUCUCAGUCAGGCCAUCGGAACGGCCAUGGGCUGUGUCAUUGCCCCCUUGACCUUCUUCCUCUUCUACAAGGCCUUCGACGUGGGGAAUCCAGAUGGGAAUUGGAAGGCUCCUUACGCAUUAAUUUACAGAAACAUGGCUAUACUUGGCGUGGAGGGCUUCUCAGCCCUCCCUCGUCAUUGCCUACUGCUCUGUUACGCUUUCUUCGGGUUUGCACUGACAGCCAACAUACUGAGAGAUGCUUUGCCAGCAAAGUAUGGAUCCUGGGUACCUCUCCCAAUGGCCAUGGCAGUGCCAUUUCUCGUCGGUGCUAGCUUCGCCAUCGACAUGUUUGUUGGAAGUGUGAUAGUUUUCGUCUGGCAUAAGCUUAACAGCAAAAUUGCCACUUUGAUGGUGCCUGCUGUUGCAUCUGGUUUGAUCUGUGGAGACGGAUUGUGGAUUCUGCCAUCAUCUUUGCUUGCCUUGGCUAAGAUCAAUCCUCCUAUUUGCAUGAAGUUUGUAGCUGGUUCAUAGAGACGAGCAAACCGGCUGGAGAUACACCACACACCAUGCUUUUGCACAUGAAACCAUUUACGAUAUGAAUUCAUCUCCUUCGAAAUAUAGAUUAUGCCAUAAGCAAGAAUAAGGCAUCAGCUUUUCCUCAGAGAUCAAGGGAAACAGAAAUGGAAAAAUAGGAGCUAAUUUUGCUUUUUUGUUCUAUGGAAACAAGAGAAUCAAGUCUUCUCUGUUGUUUCUCUAUUGUAGACUAUGUUUUAUCUUCAUCCGUGUGCUGUGAGACCUUCAAGUAUGUGUGUAUUUAGUGGAAAGGGUUUGUAACUCUUCACAUUGGUUAAACUUUUUAAGUUUCA